UUUGCAUAUCUAAUCCUGGGCGCCAUAUUUGAAGAAGAAGUGCAAACAGAGAGACAAAAGAUCGGAAUUAUUUAUUCUGAUGUUGUAUUUGCACUGAUAGAUCGGCCGUUUGCUUCUCCGGGUUCAACAUGUCUCGAAGCGUUCCUAAUGGCGCGAGAAAUAAUCUGAAUAAUAAUGUUUCCGCGGACGAAAGCGUGAUGACAACCCUACGGGUUAUUAUGGAUGUGUUGAAGACUCACGAUGGUUCUAUAAAGCAGCUCCAAAAAUGGCUGGAAAGCCAGGAAUCUGGAAAAGGGUUUAGUGUUUUGGAAGACUCAUCCUCCCAUCCUACACACCAACAACAUCUACCCCAACUUCCAUUACAAGAGCUUCCAGUUAGAGACGCAGGCAUCCAUCAUGACAUCCGAGAUGACCAGUCAGACAUUUCCUCUAUUGUCUCAACAAGGACGGAGUACCAGGAGCUACCCAGCAGGGCUUCUCUGGGAGACAGUACCUCCUCUCCCAAUAGAAACACUACAGUAAUACCAACGACACCUCCAAGGAGUGCAACUAGCCAUGCGCCAUUGGUAAACGGUUUCUUCAGUACUCCACUGAGAAGCUCAAUGUCUCCUCCAAAAGGAAACCCAUAUCAAGGCACAGAGCCUACAGUAAAUGGAAUACCCACAAAGUUUGAUAGCACAAUCUCAUCUAUUGAAACAGACACUGACGGCCUUGGCAGCAAGAUAGGCAUCACAUCCAAGGUUGGUCUCCCUGUGUCUAUUUAUGAAAAUCCAUUGAAGUCGACAAUGAUGAAUGACCAGUCACCUAAAACAGCCCAUGAAACUUCAGCUGCUAAUGUGUCAAUUGGUGUCCUAAGUACCAGAUUGAACUUUCUUGAAGGGCAAGUAUCAGAGUGGGGAGAGGUCAUGGAUGAGCUAUCUGAUAGAAUGGCUAACCAACCUUCGAUGAUUCGAAAAUUUGCAAAAGAAAGUACAACUGACAAAGUGAGUCACUCCCAACACAACGAGAACUUAGAAGCAUUAGAAAAACGAAUGAUGGACAGAAUCUCUGAGAAGUUUUCCAGUUUAGACAGGAAAAUCAUCGAGCUCUAUGACGAUGUCUCUAGCCGAGUGAGUGCUUCACCAAGAGGAAAAGACAACGACAAGAAAUAUGCCAGACAGGAUACGGCUGUUCAACUGAGCAUCGACAUCGAGACCCUGUCGGAACAGGCCGAUGAACAUAAAAUCAAAAUUCGUUCGCUCGAAAAAGAAAUCAGUCAGUUAAAUGAGACGCUGAAGCACGUCAAGAAUGACGUCAACCUGUGUCGACACCACGUGACAGGGCUGCGCAGUGACGAAGAACUUGUUUCACUCGUCGCUGAGCAUAUUUUGGACCGCGAAGACGUCACGGGUUGGAAAGAGGCACUCAAAGAGACGCAUUUGGCGCUAAACAAACAGUCUGAAAUCAACACCUCGUUACAUCACUCAUACGCAUCUUUAGACAAGAAAAUGAACACCGUCAGUCACUCGUUCCCGUGUCACGGAAGGUGGCGAUGGGGCGGUAUUUCAAGUGUUUAUCCAAGGUCUCACUCAUGUGUUGACGGCCAACACUCCGACGAUAUCAGCUUCGUCGCGCAGAUAAGCAACUUGGACUCGAGGGCGUUCGCCUGGGAGAAAAACAAACCGUACAUCAUUAUCAUAUCCGCUGGGUGUUACUGGGUGACUGUCGGUGCCUUCGGGCUAAAGUCGAGCGUCCCUCCUUCGUUACAAGUGACAGUAGAUGAAGAGAUUGUCCCUUUGUUCAACAGCUCCGGCAAGUCUCCCACCCACCAACGAAUAAGUAUAACGUCAUCUGCACCGAAGCAGCCACCCCAAUCUGCGCGAUUUAGAACGCAGGAUUCUCACCAGUGGAAACCAGGGUCAAGUCUGUCAGGAGCACUCAUGCUUGCAGCACACAGCAGGGUCGGCAUCUGUGCGACCAGCACCGCGUCCGGCACUCGAAUAGGCGUGGAAGGUUACUUAGAGAUACACAGGGUUUACUGACCAUUGAAUUUAGUUUCACAAAGAUCCAUUGGCGUCGAAAGCUACACGGAGAUACUUUAAAGGUUUAAUGGCUCCUCCAUUAACACAAUAAUUUCCCGGGUUAUACCAAAUCCUAUGCUUAAGAUACACUCUCUGAAUUUACUAUUUUAAAUCGUUUACAAACUACUUUUUGCGGGAAAUAUUUUCAAAUUGAUACUAUGUAAUUGCUAUAACUAUGUAAUUGCUCUUGGUAUUACCUCGAAUAGACGCCACCCUAGAUCAGAACGUCAUUGUAAUUCAUAAACAAGUGGUUGUAAAAUAUAUUUGAAUUAUUUAUCACAUUAUUCCUUUGGAAAAUGUUUCCGUCUUCACAAAAA